AUGCUCUUGGAGGGUGGUCUAGGCUUGCAUGCAUGUUCAUUUAGCGUGUACUGCGCUAUUUUUAUAUUCAUUUGGUCCCUCUUCCUAUGGGAAACAUACAUAAAUUUCCGGCAACUCAAAGUUGCCAAAAAGGUUACAGAAUCUCCUGAGGAGGUAAGGCGGUUCAUGAAUGAUGUUGAGUUUGACAAAUCUCGGCGCUACGCCAUUGAUAAAAUGAAUUUUGCUAUCAUUAGUGGAUUUUACAACAUACUCUCUUUGUCCGCCAUCUUGCAUUUUCAACUGAUUGCUUGGGUUUGGCACAAAUCUCAGGAACACGUGCUCUUCAUCUUUUCGCAUGUUCCGGGUUCGUUCAAUGUUACAGAGAGGAACGAGAUCUUAUUUUCUUUACUUUUUACUGUUUAUGUUGCUCUCUUCCAAUUUCUUGAGUCAUUGCCCUGGAGCUAUUACCGACAUUUUGUUAUUGAAGAACGCUAUGGAUUUAAUAAGCAAACAAUUGGCUUUUUCGCAAAGGAUAGACUAAAGUCCCUUGCCGUUGGCCUGGUCAUUGGUUUGCCGAUCGUGUCUAUGCUCGUUUGGAUUAUCAAUGCUGGUGGACAUUAUUUCUAUAUUUAUGCGUACGGGUUUACAUUUGUUGUUUCCUUUAUCAUAAUGUUUGUUUAUCCUGAGUUCAUUGCUCCAAUUUUCGACCACUACGAAUGCUUUCCAGACUGUGAGUUGAGGAAGAAAAUUGAGGAGUUGGCUGUCAGUAUUGAGUUUCCAUUGAAAAAGCUUUAUGUCGUUGAAGGUUCGAAGCGUAGCUCUCACAGCAAUGCGUAUUUCUAUGGCUUUGGGAAGAAUAAGAGGAUUGUCCUCUUUGAUACCUUAAUAAAAGGCUUUAAGAUGCCGGGUGCGAACGUGGACGAAAAAUCUGAUGAGACUCAAAAUCGUGGCUGCGGUGACGAUGAAGAAAUUCUUGCCACACUUGCUCAUGAACUCGGACACUGGAAGUUAAAGCAUGUGACAUUCAAUCUGAUCAUCGCACAGAUUAACAUAUUUCUCAUGUUUUUUGCUUUUGGUCAAUUAGUAAACGUCGACCACCUAUUUGUCGACUUUGGAUUCCCUCCUUCGACAGCUCCCACGCUGAUCCGUCUGAUUGUUGUCUUCCAAUUUGUUUUUAUGCCCUAUAGCUCAGUUUUGGAAUUUUUAUUGACAAUGAUUUCCCGCAAAUUUGAGUUCCAGGCGGAUGCCUUCGCCGUGGGUCUCAAGUCAGGAGAAAAGCUUAAAAGUGCUUUACUGGUACUGACGAAGGACAAUCUUUCUUUUCCCAUUUACGAUUGGCUUUAUUCCAUGUGUACUCACUCUCACCCGCCUGUUAUGGAAAGGCUAGCAGCAAUCGAUGCUAAAAUGGCGAAGAAAGAUUAA